UGGACAAAAGCCUACGUGCUAAUCCAGAGUACUUAAAAAGAAGCUGCAUGUACGUCAUCUCCAUCUCUAAUUAAGCUCGAUAUAACUAAAUCUAGUAGCUAGCUAGGAUUAAUAUCCAGGAAUUCUCUCUCUCUCUCUCUCUCUCUGGAUUCCAAAUUAGAGAGAUGUCAUCGUGAGUGUGUAGCUAAAAAAGAAGAAGAAGAGAUGACUGCAGAGUUGAGAAAAGGUGCAUGGACAUUUGAAGAAGACUCGAAGCUCAUCGAUUGCAUUUCCAUCCACGGUCCAGCCCAAUGGAGUUACCUCGCCCGCACUGCCGGAUUGAAGCGAACGGGGAAAAGCUGCAGAUUAAGAUGGUUGAACUAUUUACAUCCAGAUGUUAAGCAUGGAAACUUCACCCUUGAAGAACAAAUUCGCAUCCUUGAACUCCACUCUCAUUGGGGAAAUAGGUGGUCGAAGAUAGCACAGGGGCUGCAGGGACGCACAGACAAUGAGAUAAAAAACUAUUGGAGAACCCGAGUUCAAAAACUUGCAAACCAACUCAAUUGCGAUGUCAACAGCACACAAUUCAGAGACACCUUGAGUCAUAUUUGGUUACCCAGAUUGCGGGAGCGAGUCCAAGAGGCCGCCGCGGGUUCAGCCCAGUCUUCCAUGGUCCAGCCCACAAACACCACGCCCACUGACCUUAUUGCUAAUUGUAACAACACAACAACCGGAUAUGGACUCUUGGACUCGAAUUGCACCAAAUCCGAGACACCGGAUCAGGAAGCCAACCAAGUGUCUCCAGCUUCAGACUUGAUCAGUACUUAUGGAGAUCAUCAUGGUGAUGUUUUGUUAAGUGGUAGUAAUCGGUGGGAAAAUAUUCAAGAAGGUUCGAUUUAUACGGACCAGCUCAUCAAUACAUCGGCCGCUUUCUCUAUCGGAUACUACUCUGAACUAGAGGAAGCUGGAUAUGGUUGUUGCAUUUUCGAAGAAUGCAAUCGUUGGUUAGGUGGUGGAGACUCCUUCGAGUACUUGAACGAUGAUAGUAUUUGGCUCAUGCAUCCUGCAGCUACCUCUCUAGAAUGAGUACUUCAUGACAUUUAUUAUUCGAGAGGGGAAAAAAACAUGCAAUAUACUGUAUACAACUAUCGUAAUUUGUAGAGUACUAUAAUAUUGUAUGUAAAAGAUAAUGAAAGAGUGAAAAAUCUGGUUUGGA